AUGGCAAAGGUCGCACCGGAGGCUGUCCCACAGCUUCAAUCCCAGAUCGAUGCCCUCACCUCGGAACCCAACGGUGCUCCGGGUGUGGUGUUUGUAGCGGUGAACAAAAAUGGCGAACAGGUCUUUUCGCAUGCUUCUGGCAAGGUUGGGGCGGGCCAGGACGAGGCCAUCACCAUCGACCAUGUCUUUUGGAUCGCCAGCUGCACCAAGAUGAUCACGGGAGUGGCAUGCAUGCAGCUUGUCGAACAAGGCAAAUUAUCUCUGGAUGACGCGGAUCAGGUCGAGAAGCUCGCGCCGGAAUUGAAAGCAGUGCAAGUGUAUGAAAAUGGCAAACUGGUGCCCAAGAAAAAAAGAAUCACCUUGAGGAUGCUACUGUCACACACAGCCGGCUUCGGCUACUCGUUCUUCGACGGCCGGCUCAACGACUGGGCUGGCCCGCUGGGACUCGACGAAUUCUCCGGCUCGUACCACGACCUCCUAUCACAGCCGUUGGUCAAUCAGCCCGGCGAAAGGUGGGAAUAUGGAAUCAACAUCGACUGGGCAGGCCAGCUGGUGGAGCGCGUGACGGGGCUCAAGCUGAACGACUACUUCCAGCAACACAUCUUCAAGCCCAUCGGCCUUACGCACAUCACCAUGUUCCCCACGGACGAGAUGAAGGCGCAACUAGCGUACAUGAACGCCCGUGCCCCUGACGGCAAGCUGUCGCUCUACGUCGACGGCCAUCUCAACCGGCGGCCAUUGUACGCCACCAGCAAGGAGGAGAUCGAUGCGACUUUCCAUUCAGGCGGUGCAGGCGCUUUCGCCCGCCUGCCUCAGUACGCCCAGAUCAUCUCUGUCUUGCUGAAUGAUGGUGUUCAUCCCGGCACGGGCGCCCGCAUCCUCAAGAAGGAGACGGUCGACCAGAUGUUUACAAACCAGAUCCCAGAAUUCCCGAACUUCGGACGUCAGGGCAUUGAUGACCCCAAGCCGCUUCUCACCAAUCCCCUUUCUGACCUAUACCCCGACCCUCACGACGUUCCGCAGGGCUGGGGCCUGACAUUCUUCCUGCACCUGCGCGACUCCGCCGUCCACAGCGAAGGCACUGGCUGGUGGGCAGGCUUGCCGAAUCUGUUCUGGUGGGCAGACCGGAAGAGGGGUCUCGGUGGCAUCAUUGGGUCUCAAAUCCUACCUUUCGGUAAGCAUUGA